AUGCUAAAUGACCUCAACGAAGCUAGUCAGAAAGGUGGCCUCACCAUGAACCUUAGCAAAAUCAAAAUAAUGAAAAACGAAUAUAUGGACGAAGAAACCCCAGAUGAAACAGUUACCAUCAACGACACAGUUAUUGAUGAAAUUAAUCAUUACAUCUACCUAAGCCAGCUUAUCGCGCUGGGUUCCGCAUCAAAGGAACAGGAGAUCAAGUGUCGAAUCACGACGGACUGGCAGGCUUUCGGAAGAGCCAGCACUGUACUCAGAGGCAAGAAUAUGCCAGUUGUACUAAAAGGAAGAAUUUACAAUCAGUACAUCAUACCAGCAGUCACAUAUAGUCACAGAAACGUGGAAUCAUACAACGAGGCAAAUGAAAUUAUUUUGAACCUUCCAUUAGAUGAUGAUCUGCAGGAACAAAUCAAAGCCAAAAACUACACACCAGACACCUCACAUGAUAAAAAUAUUCGAAAUGUUAGGAAACAAAACUCGGCCUUGGACCAAGAACACGAGGCGACCACUGGGCAGCAAGGCUUCCGUCAGGAUGAUACAAGUUUGAGAACACCAUUAUCUUUAUUAGACAUAAAGGCCAAACUUAAAGAUGAACUACAUGGCAUGAUUAAAUGA